CCUAUGCGUCACAUUCCCAACUACACAUAUACUAAUGACUAAUUCACUCUCUUCAACUUAUCUUUAUUCUGAAAUCGCAUUUCUCGAUUUUCCAAGUUUUCAGCUCGAUUCACUUGUAAUCUUUAUUGUCAUAAACUAAUUAUCCUAUGGUUUUUAUUUUCAGAUAACUGUUGGUGAUGGCUCUAGAUGUGAGGUUAGGGAGAUAAGAAGAUAACAGAAGGAAAGGAAUAGAAAAUAAAAUGGGAGCUGCUCUGUUGCCUGAUGCAGCAUUUGGGCUACUUCCACGCUGUUCCGUUCUUCCCAGGCACCCUUUGAUCUGUAGAAUAACUUCUACUAGAUCAAUUACAAAGAGAAGCUAUUUCUUUGCUGACAAGAGGAUCUCCAAAUCUGCACAGCUAGUUUUUUCACACACGAAUGAUUCAGAUGACACAUUCACGGAUGUAGUUGUUGAUCAAGACGAUCAUGGAAGAAAUGAAGUCAUAGGAAUAGAGCAUGAAUUAGUGAUAACCAAAAAAGCUCUUUCAGAGGCACAACACAGACAGGAGAUUAUUGAGAAAGAGAGGGAUCAAUUGCUUGAGGAACUUGCUCGUUCUGAAGCUAAAAAACAGGAAUAUAUCACUACCAUUUUACAUGACAAGGAAGUGGCUAUAGCAGAACUAGAGGCUGCCAAAUCUCUUUUCCAGCAAAAGCUGGAGGACUCAGUGGAAGAGAAAUUCACUUUGGAAUCUAAGCUGGUCCUUGCCAAACAAGAUGCUGUUGAUCUCGCUGUGCAGGUUGAAAAAUUAGCAGAGGUUGCUUUCCAGCAGGCAACUUCUCAUAUACUAGAGGAUGCUCAACUCAGAAUUUCAUCUGCCGAAACCACAGCUGCUGAAGCUGCUCAUCUGAUUGAAAAGCAAAUUAAGGAUGCAACCGAGGGUACAAUAUCAUCCAUAGUGGAAAAAUCAAGUUAUGCUAUAGAGAGGGCUCUAGUUGUGGCAGAGGAAGCAGGGGAACUUGCAAAGAAGUCCAUGGAAACAUUUAUAGAUGGUACAUCUCCAUUUACUGAAAUUGCCGCUGUCCAGGGGGAGAAUAUCAAGUUACAGGGAAUAAUAAGUGAUAUAGAAUCUCAGUUGAUGAUUGCGAGAAAUGAGGCUGAUAAACUGAAGUUAGAAUUGGAGAGCACCAGACAACAGAUACAGACAUUUGAACAAAGAGCUAAUGAUGCAGAGAAAGCUUUAUUUGAUUUUCAGGAAUCAAGCAGGAAAAACAUUCUCAAGCAGGAGGAGGAGAUGAAGUCAAUGUUGGAGAAAGUGAAGAAAGAUGUAGCAGAAAGGACGAAGACUAUUUCCAAGGCUUUUAAGGCUGAUUUGAAGAACAUCAAGGCUACUGUUGAAGCUGCCAAAGAAGUGGCCCAUUGUAAAGAUUAUGCCUACCUAAGAAGAUGUGAAGCACUACAGAGAUCAUUAAAGGCAUCGGAAGAUUCUUUGAAGAUGUGGAGACAGAGAGCUGAAAUGGCUGAGUCAUUGCUAUUGAAGGAAAGGCUACAAGAUGAAGGGGGUGAAGAUUCUAUCUACGUCGUUAAUGGGGGACGGAUAGACCUUUUGACAGAUGUUGAUUCUCAAAAAUGGAAACUGCUGAGUGAUGGUCCUCGUAGAGAGAUACCUCAGUGGAUGGCAAGAAGGAUUAAUGCUGUCUCCCCCAAAUUUCCACCAAAAAAGAUUGAUGUAGCUGAAGCAUUGACAUCAAAAUUCAGAUCCUUGGAGUUGCCUACAGCGGACGAAGUAUGGUCCAUUGCUCGAGAAAAGCCAAAGGAAGGGGAUGCUUUAAUUGAGCAUGUUUAUGAAAGAGAAACUAUUGAGAGAAAGCGGAAGGCAUUGGAGCGUGGUCUUCAACGGAAGACUAUACAGUGGCAAAGAGCUCCAGAACAAACAAAAUUAGAGCCAGGAACAGGAACAGGACGUGAGAUUGUGUUUCAAGGCUUUAACUGGGAGAGCUGGAGAAGACGAUGGUAUCUGGAAUUAGCAGCUAAAGCAGCUGAUUUAUCUCACUGUGGGGUGACAGCAGUGUGGCUGCCACCACCAACACAAUCUGUUUCUCCUCAAGGUUAUAUGCCUUCUGAUCUUUACAACUUGAAUUCGUCCUAUGGUUCUGUGGAAGAGCUUAAAUACUGUAUAGAGGAAAUGCAUUCUCAAGAUCUGCUGGCCUUGGGAGAUGUUGUACUUAAUCAUCGAUGUGCACAGAAACAGAGUCCAAAUGGUGUUUGGAACAUUUUUGGUGGCCAGCUUGCAUGGGGACCUGAAGCAAUUGUAUGUGAUGAUCCAAAUUUUGAGGGGCGAGGAAAUCCUUCAAGUGGUGAUAUCUUCCAUGCUGCACCCAAUAUUGAUCAUUCUCAGGACUUUGUAAGGAAAGAUAUCAAGGGGUGGUUGAACUGGCUUCGCAGUGAUAUAGGUUAUGAUGGAUGGCGUCUUGACUUUGUUAGAGGCUUCUCUGGUACAUAUGUAAAAGAAUAUAUUGAAGCAUCAAAUCCCGCAUUUGCCAUUGGAGAAUAUUGGGACAGCUUGGCCUAUGAGCACGGAAGUUUGUGUUACAACCAAGAUGCUCAUCGGCAGCGGAUAAUUAAUUGGAUUAAUGCAACUGGUGGCACUUCGUCUGCGUUUGAUAUCACAACAAAGGGGAUACUUCAUUCUGCUUUGCAUAACGAAUAUUGGAGACUGAUAGAUCCUCAAGGGAAACCAACAGGAGUGAUGGGAUGGUGGGCUUCUCGUGCUGUUACAUUCCUAGAGAACCAUGAUACCGGGUCCACCCAAGGCCACUGGCCAUUCCCACGGGAUAAGCUUAUGCAGGGAUAUGCAUAUAUUUUGACUCAUCCCGGAACUAAAAAACUUGAGAUAUUAAAAAAUACAGUUCCUUGUUUGCAAGGACCGAGGAAUUAAGCCGAGUUGAUUGAGGCUAGGAGACGAGGUGGGAUCCAUUGCAGGAGUUCUAUCAAGAUAUAUCAUGCAAACAAUGAAGGUUAUGUGGCUCAGGUUGGUGAUGCAUUAGUAAUGAAGCUUGGACAGUUUGAUUGGAAUCCCUCCAAGGAGAACCAAUUGGAUGGGAGCUGGCACAAGUUUGUUGACAAAGGAACAGACUACCAAGUGUGGUUGAGACAAUAGUAAUAGUUUAAUAUCGAUCUCUAGACAUUGCUCUUUUCUGUAAUGGCAAGUAAAAAUAGCUUCAAUAAAGCACACACAUCAAAGGUUAAAAAAAACAGAAACUUGUUUUGUUGGUAAAAAAAUAAACAUAUAUAAUUCAUAUA